UAUAUGCAAUUUGUAGAUGACAGCACCAUGGCAAAGAUACCAGGAGGGAAGUUUAAAAUGGGCACGAACGCUGCAGAUGGCAGAGAUGAGGAAUCGCCAGUAAGGGACGUCGCUGUGGGGGCGUUUAAAAUCGACAGGUACCCCGUUACCAACGCAGAUUUCAGAGAGUUUGUGAGAGCAAAGAAAUACAAAACUGAGGCCGAGACAUUCGGUUGGAGUUUUGUAUUCCAGGAUUUUGUUUCCGAAGAGCUCAAGAGCAAAGUAACUCAAAAAAUUGAAUCUGCCCCCUGGUGGAUACCCACUGAAAAGGUGUUUUGGAGACAGCCUGCAGGUCCUGGUUCCGGUAUAAAGGACAGAUUGGAUCAGCCAGUUGUGCAGGUGAGCUGGAACGAUGCCCAGGCCUACUGUAAGUGGAGGGGGAAGAGGCUGCCUUCUGAAGAAGAGUGGGAGUUUGCAGCCAGAGGAGGGCUGGAAGGCCGAACGUAUCCAUGGGGCAACAAGUUUCAAACGAACCGCUCCAACUUAUGGCAGGGUAAAUUUCCAGAUAACGACUUAGCAGAAGAUGAGUAUCACGGGGUCUCUCCUGUGAAGGCAUUCCCUCCUCAGAACAACUAUGGUCUCUACGACAUGCUGGGAAAUGUGUGGGAGUGGACCGCCACACGCUUCACUGGCGCGCAACCCAUGUACGUGCUGAGAGGGGCAUCCUGGAUCGACACUGCAGAUGGUUCGGCCAAUCACAAGGCACGAGUCACCACCAGAAUGGGAAACACACCAGACUCGGCUUCUGACAACCUGGGCUUUCGGUGUGCAGCCAGCAUUGAUGCUACAGGGCAGGACACCAAGCUCAGGAAAGAGCUAUAGGAAGGGGAAAGUGAUGGAUAAAAAGGGAAAUGUCCCUUGGAAGAGUGGCAAUCAUUACAUCUCUCCUGUGGAGACUGGAAACAGCGGCCGUUUUGUCUUCAUUGUUUCGGUUUGCAUUUUCAGGGGACUAAUGUGAAUUUGUAGCGGAUUGUGCUUUGCAACGCUGCACAGUAAACCAUGUUUUAAUUUCUGUUAAUGCAGUGAUGCAGGAGUUGGCAUACAAGAAUUUCUCUUUUUGUCUGCUAAAUACUUGUAUAUUGUUUCAUUUUUGAUUACAGUAUAUAUGAUGAA